AUUUAGAUUCGUCUGCUGCUGAUGCGGUUAUUAUUUUCAUUGGGUCUUAUAGAAAUAUAAACAUGGCGAUCGGAUCGUUUGCUCGAUGUGUUUUUUCUCCGAGACUUUAUCGCAUAUAUAAACAUGGAGACGAAAGGGGAAGUAUGUAUAAUGCUAAUAUUGUGGAAGCUUACUCUGACACUGUUGUAAAAUCCAUAUCCGUUGCUUGGUCAGUGAUAAUUUAUACGUGUCCAUUUAUCAUUACGAUAUUAUACAAAAGAGGAUUCUAUUCUGUGGAUGGAAUUUUUACAUUAGGCAGAUUUGCUGGAUAUUUAAGUUUGUUACUACUUAGCAGUCUUUGUUUAAGAGGCAUUGGAAGAUGUUCAAAUUGCAAUUAUAUGAACUUUCUUUCUGUACUAGAAAGAAGUCAAAAAAGUCUAACAAAAGAAAAUAAGGCUGCUCUUUCUCGUUUUGAUUUUGACUUUUUUGCAUGGCCUGUGGAAUUUGCCUGGAACAGUACACAAAAGUAAAUAUAAAGUGAAACAUUAUUUAAUUAUUAAAAAUAUAAAUGGAUUAUAGUGUGUUGAUAUUAGCUAUGACUUUGUUCAUUUCAACCAAACAGCAUUUAACAGCAACAAUAAAGACUUUUUUCUGCUUUUAAAAAUAAAUUUUAUGAUAUAGUCUAUUCAUAGCUAGAACUUGCAAUAUUUUCUAAUUAAAGCAUUUUGUAUAUAUUGCUGAUAUUUUUAUAUAAUUGAAAAUUUUCUUUCUUUUUUGAUUGAAAAAUCUUUCAAUCAGAGGGAGACCCUCACAUUCCCUAGAUUGUCGGACAUGUGAAGAACCAACUAGAGACUCAACCUAAUGUCCAUUCCUCACCCCCAUGGGACAACCUGGUAGUAGAUAGCCAAUUAACUGGGCUAUUGAAGUGAAUGAUGAUGGGCUGCCAUUAUAGGAUUAACCAGCCAUAAUGGCUCUGUUUAUUGGUUGAAACUUUUAAACAUGGUAAAUCAAAUCAACAGAAAGUCAUACUGGCUGGACAUCGUCCAGGUCAACAAGAUCUUUGCUGUGUUGGUGAGGAAACAAGGACACAGUGCUAAAUAUACUACUGGAACACAUAUUAGGGUUGGCACCAUCUAUGUUAGAAGUCUGAAUGGAAAGGAAGUAGAGCUAACUGAAGAGCUAGAAAAGUAUAAUAUACAAAUAUGGCAGGCAUCAAUGGAACUAAGAAAAUUAAAGUUGGAGAGACAAGCUUAAACAAUAAAUAUAAGUUGAUCUACUCGGGAAUGAUGCUCAAUGCAAGGGGGGUGUAGCCAUAGCAUUUACAUUUGCUAUAGAAGAUAAUCUUAUAGAAUGAGAAGCGCACUCUAGCAGAGUCAUCUAGGCAAAAUUUAAAAUAGGAAAUUGGGUAAUGAGAUUUAUCUAUGCCUAUGGACCUACAGAAGACUCAUAGAAGGAAAAUGUAGAAGAAUUUUAUGACCUUCUGGGAUCAGCAGUGGAGACAAAUACUAAUAAAAAAAUAAUUCUAGCUUGAGAUCUUAAUAAUAGAGUGGGAAACAAUGAUUACAUCUAUGGCAGCAUUUUAUAUAAGUUUUGUGAGAAAGAAAAACCUAACAACAAUGACAAAAGACUGCUUGACUUUUGUGCUUGUCACUCACCAGUGUUUACUAAUACAGUACAAUAUUUACAAUAUUCCAACACAAAAAGAAUCACAAAUUAACAUGGAGAGAACACACUAGAAAUCUGAAAAGCAUAAUUAACUAUAUUAUUGUAGAUAAGCACAUUAUCCAUUUAGUUGAAGACACAAGAUUAUUUAGAGGUUUUGAAGUUGAUAGUGAUCAUCAUCUUGUAUUGAGCAAAUUAAAAACAGUUAUCAAUGUUAGGAAUAGGAGAUGUAAAAAGAUGCUUCAAUGGAUAAAAGUAGAAAAAUUAUUAGAUCUUUCAAGUGCCAUUAAAUACAGAAAUGUGGUUAAUACCACAGCUAAACAUCUUUAUUACUGAAAUGGCUUUAGAGGAGGAAUAGCAAAAUUUCAAGAAAAUGUUGGUAGAAUUGACAAAAAUAGUAUGUAGGAAAGUUAUUUGCAAAGAUAGGAAGGUUAGAACUCCAUGGUGGACCAAAGAGGUUAGAUAAGCAGUACAAGAGAAGAACACAGCUUAUAAAAGAUAUCUGGCAAAUAAGACCACAAGCAACCUAUUAAAUUAUAAAGCUAAACUGUGUGUAAAGAUGGCUAAACAAAGAUGCUGGGAAAAUUUUGGAACAGAAAUAGAAAGCAAGUAUAAAGAGGGGGAAAUGUUCUGGCAAUUAGUAAAGAAUCUCAGAACAAGUGGGAAAACUGUAGCUAGAGGAAUAAAGAAUGAUACAUGUGAAAUUAUAACCUACUUUAUGUUAAAAGUUUAAUAAUGAUAAUUUUUAAUCAAUUUGUUAUUUUAUGCAAUUUG